AUGUUGCGGCAGGCUUCCAGACAACUGAGGGCUUCGUUGUCGUUCCGCGGAUCAAGCAGCUUCUGUUCGACGAGCAGUGCGCUCGCGAAGCACGCUGAGGCCGCUGCGCACCCAGAGCUUGGGCAGGCCGUGGGUCCCGGCGGGAAGAAGUUUCGCGUUGUGCUGGGAGGCAAGCUGCUCGCGGAACAGCCGUGGUCGCCCGGCAUUGCCAAGGCUGUCGAGGCGGACAAGGCGAGCUCUGUGAAGCCCCUCGUGCCCAGCUGGCUGAUUCUCGGGUCGGUGCUGGGCUGCGCGGGGGGAAUCUACGGCUACACGAUCUACAUGCUAGGACCUGGCUCCGCCGGCCUGAAGUCUGAGAUGGAGAGGGCUGAGGAGGAGCUGCGGGCACAGGGCGUCGGCGCCAAGGCGGACGCAACACAGUAG